ACUGUUAGGAUGGGAAAUUCAGGGAAGGAGAUCUUAAAGAAAAGUGCCUAGUAUUCCAUUGUAACACAGCCUGACCUCAAUGUAAUCUAGAAAAAUAAUUUGUAAAGGGGAUUUCUAAACAAGACAAGCUUAGUAAGAAAUUUGGUCUCCAAACUUAAAGAAAAGGCACCUCAGACUUUUAUUCCCCUGCACCGUAGUUUACCCUGUAUUGUUCCUUCCCCUCCCCCGAGGAACUUUGGGGAGGCAGGUAGGUGGGCCUUCACACCUGGUUUUCUUUGGGGGUCCCAGUGCCCCGUUUCAGGGUGUCCACGCUCUGUGGGCCUUUGCGUCUGGUUUUCUUUGGGUGUCCCUGCACCCCCAUUUCAAGGUCUCAUUUUCUAGUACAUGCAGCUCAAAAUUCUCAGGAAGAUGGGAAUGGAGAGUUGGACUGCUUAAGGCUUAUCUGUUGGGGCGGCUCUCCAAGUACCUAGGAAGGCCUGACCUCUCAGAUCUGACCAAAUGGGUCAGACAGCUACAAGGCUGUCUCACACUCAGCCUGAGCUCUCGGUCAAGUGGUUCGAGGCCAUGGACCUGGGCACACCUUCCGCAGCACAGAGGACAGACUCUCUAUCCAGAAGCUUAUGUCCAAUUCUGUCAAUUCUUUCAAAUCUCUGGGCACUAGGGAAUUGGAAAAAUUGCAAUUACUCCCUUCCUUCUGUACACGGAGACUCCUGGGAACUCCAGUUCAAGGAGGUAAAAAGGUUUUUGGAUGUGGAAAUUGUCACCAUGUGUCUUCAAAAAACAAAACAAAACAAAAAGAUUUGUGUCUCCUAGAUUAUCGGCUGUCCACCUGCAGACGGUCAUGCAACAAGGAUAACUGUUCCACACUCUCUUCAUCCCCUGGACGCUGCUUCAGCCUCAUUUUACUUCUCUCCCCACCCUCACUCAGGCAGGGACAGCUCCUUUGUCCCUCUUCCAAAAGCAUUUGGGUGAAUGCUGAGGCAGAGCGGAGUGCUGGAGGCAGAUGAAGCAAGCAGGAUGCAGGAUGAUUUUUAUGCAGCUCUGCUCUGCUGACUGAAUUCUGCUCUGGCCCCCUGGAAAGCAAAAGAGUCUGGCUAUCGGCCAAGGCCAAAAGAUGGAGAAGAGAGACCUCCCCUGGAUCAUCUAGUUUAAAAGGGUCUGACCUACUCAGCAAACUCCAAUGGCUCCCUAUUACCUCCAGGAUCAAAUUGCCCUCAACUACUUGGGCAACUGGCCACUUGGUCGAAUUACCCAGGACUACAUAUCUACCCCUCACCCCCACCAAAUAUAGAGGAGAGGGAAUGGAAAAGAGCCCAACAUCCUCAGUACCCAAGGAACCUUAACUUCCUUCGAAGCACACCUCAGGUGCCACCUCCAACACGGGGCUUUGCCUGAUUUCACCCAUUGCAUGUGAAACUUCAGACCAGAUAUACACCUUGGAAGAAUUAAGAGUCAGAAACAAGUGUGAAGAUCAAGCAGCUUUGAGGUGCUUCCCUGGGGCUGAAUGAAAUGGAGCUGACAGAAACUAAGCUUAACCUCAGUGGAGAGGAUGUUUAUUCCAAUGCUGCUUUUGAGGAAGAAGAUAUCAAGAACCAGAGUGGGUCAGGAAGAUAUUCACUGAGAAAUCGUAAUGAAUAUAACAGGGAUAGGAUAAACGCCCAGCAGGGAGAAGAACAUGUCACUGUUGAGCAAGAUCUCCCCAAACAGAAAGGAAACCUAGAGGAAGGUGAACCGCCACACCGAAAAGGGUACCUAGAAAAGAAGUAUAAUGAGACUUGUGACUUCUUUAGGAAGCAUAAAGCUGUAAUCCAAUACAUCUUCUAUGGCAUUUUAUUAGCAGGCUGUUUGGCUGUAGUUAUUGCAGCUUGCGUGGUGAACUUUCACAGAGCCCUCCCACUUUUUGUCUUCACUGUUGCUACCAUAUUCUUUGUCAUUUGGGACUACUUGAUAGCCAAAUAUGAAAGUCAGAUUGCUAAAUUCUUGUCUCCUGGUGGCAGAUUCCUGAACAAACAUUGGUUCUGGUUGAAGUGGCUGAUAUGGAUCUUGCUGAUUACAGGAGUCAUUUGCUGGCUAAUUUUUGACACAGCCAAACAGGGAACCCAGUCUCUGGUGUCCUUUGGUGGGCUUGUGUUCUUUGUUCUCCUGAUGCUAAUAUUUUCUAAGUACCCAACUAGGGUGUUCUGGAGACCUGUCUUUUGGGGAAUUGGAUUACAGUUUAUUCUUGGUCUUUUCAUUCUAAGAACUACACCUGGAUUUGAGGCAUUCAAUUGGUUGGGGAACCAAGUAAAGAUUUUCUUGGAGUUUACAGACUCAGGAGCCAUAUUUGUCUUCGGUGAGAAGUACACAGACCAUUUCUUUGCUUUUAAGGUCUUGCCGAUAGUGGUCUUCUUCAGCACAGUGAUCUCCAUGCUCUAUUACCUUGGAUUCAUGCAGUGGCUCAUUAGAAAGGUUGGAUGGACAAUGCAGGUUACCCUGGGAUCAUCUGCUAUCGAAUCUGUAGUUGCUGCUGGCAAUAUAUUUGUAGGGCAGACUGAAUCUCCACUUAUAGUUCGACCCUAUUUAUCACAUCUCACCAAAUCUGAGCUCCAUGCAAUCAUGACUGCAGGAUUUUCAACCAUUGCUGGAAGUGUCUUAGGUGCAUAUAUUUCUUUUGGGGUUUCAGCGUCACAUUUGUUAACUGCUUCCGUGAUGUCUGCCCCUGCGUCUCUGGCUAUUGCUAAAUUAUUUUGGCCUGAGACUGAAGUUCCUAAAAUAACUCUCAAGGGUACCUUGCAAAUGGAGAAAGGGGACUCGAGAAAUCUCCUGGAAGCAGCAAGCCACGGAGCUUCCUCUUCCAUCACUCUGGUGGCAAACAUCGCUGUGAACUUGAUUGCCUUCUUGGCCCUCCUGGCUUUUGUGAAUUCAGCCCUUUCCUGGCUAGGGAACAUGUUUGACUACCCUCAGCUGAAUUUUGAGGUGAUCUGCUCCUAUGUCUUCAUGCCUUUUUCUUUCAUGAUGGGAGUUGACUGGCAAGACAGCUUUCUAGUUGGUGGACUGAUAGGAUAUAAGACUUUCUUCAAUGAAUUCGUAGCCUUCCAACAACUUGGAAAAAUGAUCAAGUUGCGAAAACUAGCUGGACCCAAAUUUGUAGAUGGUGUGCAACAAUAUAUGUCUGUUCACUCUGAAACCAUUGCCACCUAUGCCCUUUGUGGCUUUGCCAAUUUUGGUUCUCUGGGAGUAGUGAUUGGAGGACUCACAUCUAUGGCUCCUUCCAGGAAGCGGGACAUUGCCGGAGGGGCUUUCAGAGCUCUGAUUGCUGGUACUGUAGCCAGCUUCAUGACAGCCUGUGUCGCUGGCAUACUCUCCAGCCCUCCCAUGGAGAUAGAUUGCUAUAGUCUUUUAGAAAAUGCCUUCAACUCAACUUCACCUAGCAACACAACUGAGCUAGUUACCUGUUGCCAAAACCUAUUUACCAGCACUGACACCAGCAACACCAGUGAUAUUUUACCAGGAAGCUUAUCUACCUUGAAUGGCUGCUGUCUGGUGCUGAAUCCAACUACAUUUAACUGUGAUUGGGUCACUACUUCAUUCUGAGCUUAGUCCCUUCCCAAGAUGGUCCCCAGAACAAGCUUCAAUCAAUUUGAAGGGAACAAUGUGAAAAUGAAUUUAUGUGAUCACACUUCUUUAUUGGGGGAAGGAGGAGUUGUGGGAGAAUAUCAGAUACUAUUUAUAGAUUAAUUUUUCUACAUGGAAUCAGCAUGGACUGGAAGAGAAAGAGAACAAUAAGUAUGACCCAUCAAAAACUAUUCGCCUCCUCUGUCCCCUAUCUCUCCCCAACAAGGACACUAGGCUGUUCAGAUAUCCUGAUGGAAUCAUCUCUUUAUUCUCUUCAUUGUCAUUUGGGUUUGGUGUUCCAGAACACUUCACCUGAACACAGGUAUUAAUAAACUAAUAAAUUCACCAAUAAAAAAAAGCUCUGCUCACCAGUCGCUCGUUUGACAUCCUGAACUGGAGGUCCAAAGAGACCCCCUAGAAUCAUCAUCAGUUAUAGACCAUCCUGAUUUCACUGGGUCUGAUUUGAAACAAGACAUUUACAUCAGACCUUAGAAAGUCUCAAUGCAACUGUCCAUGUAAAAGCAGACAACUGACUAUUUCAGAGAGAAGCAGUGUCACCCCCACCCAAGGAGAUAAGACAAGAUGCCUAAAAGUAAGAGGAAAAUGUCCAUUCCACUCUCAGAUUCUUAAGAGGCACAAUUUGAAAAACAAAACCAAGAGAAAGAUCUGCUACCAUGGUUACCAUGGUGAAAUCCACAUUCACUAUUCCUUAUCUAUGGUUUUGAGAGAAAAGCUGUCUCCAGCUAUGAUACCCUAGGGAAGUGGCUAGGCCUCUGUGUUUCAGUUUUGCCAAUGGCAAAAGGGGAAGACCACCAGUUCGAAUCUACUUCACAGAAUUGCAGGAGGGGGCACCCUGAUGACUAAUGGGUAGAAUUCCUGAGUUCUUAGACACAAGGAUAUAAUUACUUUGUAGGCCCAGCAUUUAGGAUAUUUAUUAAAGUGUCAUUCGUGUUACUCAGUAAUAGAAAUUCAAAGGGAAAACCCAGGAUCAUCAGUUUGGGAUCAUCUCAGCCCCAGCAGGUUACAGUGAAACAAUAACAAUCAAUCAGAGUGUCCUGUGUAUUAUUUUCACUCUUGUAAGUUAUCUUCUGUACCUUGAGGCCAGAUAAGCUUGACUCCCAAGAAUUUUGGGAGACUUUAUAGGGUUGGGAGAUUUAAGAAUACAGUUUCUUUCCCUUUAACCUUUCAAAUGUUUGUGAAAUUCAACAACUGUACAUUUGUGCACAAUGAAAAUAAAUAUAAAAUAUUUAAAUA